CUCGACAUGCAAUUUAGAGGUUAGUAUUAUUGAGUCGGAUGACGAAUACGAGGUGGACGAUGGACAACACACAGCUUUGUCUACUAGUACCGAUGUACUUGAAAGUAUGUUCAUUAAAUAUCUAGCACUAUUUAGAAAAAAAAUGGAUAAACUGAAGCUCAAUGUCACUGGGUUGCGUAAUGACUUAAACAAAUUUACGGAACAAAAUAAUAAAACAGCCCAGCAGCAGAAGCUAAUGGGUAAUAGGAUUGACAAAAUUGAAAAGCAACUACAGUCAAUUAGUAAUCUCAAUGGGGAUCCCAACUUUAUAAUUUCUGAACUGAACGAGCGUAUGAAACGUGAGUCUGAGGUCGUUAUUUAUAAUGUACCGGAAUCUAAAAAACCGGCAGGAUUAGAUCGGCGUAACGACAACAUCGAGCAGGUUGCAGCGUUAAUUACAGAAGAUCUGUCAAACAAGAUUCCAGACAUCAAAGUCCGUCGUCUCGGCAAGCCAGUGCAGGGCAAGACUCGUCCAGUAUUACUAUACACACCAUCCCCAGCAACAGCUAGGGAAGUCAUUAAGAUUAAUCCAGCUGGUGACACGGGCAUUAAAUUCAAGCCGAGCUUAACACACGCACAGCAGCAGCAUCUGAAUAUGCUCAGAACAGAGCUCAAUGAGCUAAUCAAAGGUGGUGAUAACAAAAGGACAAUCAAAUAUAUCAACGGAGUGCCUAAAAUAGUUGAUAAACCGGCAUUUCAAACGCCGAGAGAAAAAAAUAAAGAAAUCUUGCUUCAAUGGAGAUAUAAUUUGCGCUAGUGAAACCUGGUUACAUCCUUCGAUAUCGGAUGGUAAAAUAAUUGACAAUAAUUUUAAGUUAUUUAGGAAAGAUAGAGACAGCAACACAAGUGAUCAUAAACGUGGAGGUGGUGUCCUAAUAGCGAUAAAGAGUGAUAUAUCGGCCGAACAGUUAGAAACAGAAGACAAUAAUAUAGAACACAUAUUCAUUAAAGUUAAAUGUACGGAAGGCGACUUAGUAAUAGGUUGUGUUUAUCUACCUCCGCUAUCACCAUUGGACAUUUACAUUAAUCAUACCAAUACUGUUCAAUAUCUAAAAAACAAAUACCGUGACUGCAAGCUGCUAAUCUUAGGAGACUACAAUCUACCUAGUAGCUACCCACAAGAUCAAUGUGUAAAUUUACUGUAUAGCAAUAUGUUUCUUGUUAAUUGCGAACAACUCAACGCGAUCACCAAUGACUACAAUAAAACCCUAGACCUUUGCUUUAGCAACACAACUAUCAAAGUCACCAGAGGAGAUCCUCUCAUUUAUGAAGACAAACAUCACCCGAAUUUAAACAUCAGGGUGGAUACUCUAGCUAAUUUAAAAGAAAGCAAGUCGCCAAAAUAUAUUUUUAAGAACGCAAAUUACUUGGAUUUAAAUGGAUUUUUUCUAACUUGCAAUUGGAUUGAAUUAUAUAAGCUAGAGUCAAUAGAUGAUAAAGUAGACUGGUUCUACAACGUUAUAAAUGAGGG